UAGGGUUUCAGGAUUCCCCCUCCCCCCCCCCCGCGACCUUGGACAAGUCACACCUCUUUCCUGGGUCUCAGUUUCCUUGCUGUCAAAUGGGAGAGACGUCGAGUCCCCCUCUUCUUUGACAGUCCAGACGCGGGCGGUUCAAGAGUGAGCCUGAGUGAGUGGGGUCCAGACUGCCGUGGCAGGACAGAAUGCUUUGAUCUCCAAGCUGUUUUAAAUCUGGUAGAUAAGCCAGAUACUGUGUUCCAUAAACCCUUGGCCCACAUUUAAGUGGGAAUGCAGCUAUCUUGGAUGUCUGGAACCUUUUAGGCACCAGUCUCUGAAGUCUUGGUUGCUGGCCUAAGGACUAGACUACUAGGUUGGUUCACAAGCUGGUCAUCUGUGCAGGAUAGCCACACAGCAAAAAAUGUUUGCAAAACUAAAGAAGAAAAUUGCCGAAGAGACUGCUGUGUCCCAGAGGCCAGGAGGUGCUACUAGGAUCCCACGGUCAGUGAGCAAGGAGUCGGUUGCCUCUAUGGGAGCUGACUCAGGAGAUGACUUUGCUUCCGAUGGAAGCAGCUCCAGAGAAGAUCUUUCAUCCCAGCUUUUGAGAAGAAAUGAACAGAUACGGAAAUUAGAAGCCAGACUUUCUGACUAUGCUGAACAGGUCCGAAACUUGCAGAAGAUAAAAGAGAAGCUUGAAAUUGCGUUAGAAAAACACCAGGAUUCUUCCAUGCGGAAAUUUCAAGAGCAGAAUGAGACAUUCCAAGCCAACAGAGCCAAAAUGGCAGAAGGACUGGCUUUGGCAUUAGCCAGAAAGGACCAGGAAUGGUCAGAAAAAAUGGAUCAGCUUGAAAAGGAGAAAAGGCUUCUGACAGCUCAGUUACAGGAAGUGAAGAACCAGAGUUUGAAUCUUUUCCAAAGGAGGGAUGAAAUGGAUGAAUUAGAGGGGUUCCAGCAGCAAGAACUAAGUAAAGUAAAGCACAUGCUUUUAAAAAAAGAAGAAACUCUGGGGAAAAUGGAGCAAGAGUUGGAGGCACGAACCAGAGAACUGAGUCACACCCGGGAGGAGUUGAUGACCUCCAGUCAGAUGUUAUCAGACUUGAGCCAGAAGCUAGAAGAAUUGCAGAGACACUGCUCAGCGCUGGAAGAGCAGAGAGAUCACGUGACAGCUUCAAAAACAGGUGCAGAAAAUAAGAUCUCGGCCCUGGUGCAAAAGGAGCAAGAGCUCCAGGCAUUCAUUCAGCAGCUUUCCAUGGACUUACAGAAGGCCACUGCUAAAACUCAAGAGAAAGAAAAACUCGUCACACAGUUGCAGGAGAAGGUCUUGUCCUUGGAGAAGAGACUAGAGCAGAACUUAUCAGGAGAAGAACAUGUGCAAGAACUCCUAAAAGAGAAAACCGUUGCUGAGCAGAAUUUGGAGGAUACCAGACAGCAGCUCUUGGCAGCCAGAAGCAGCCAGGCCAAGGCCAUUGACAUCCUGGAAACUCGGGUGAAAGAACUUCAGCAGAACUUGCAGGCAUCUGAGGAGAAGCUAAAGCACAGUGGUGAUGUCAUGGUGGCUCAGGAAAUUCAGAUUCAGGAGCUCGCUGCAGCAAACCAGGAGAGCAGCCGUACACGGCAGCAGGCCCUUGCUCUGGAGCAGCAGUGCACAGAGCGUGUCCACACACUGGAGGCCCAGCUUGCUGCCCUGGAGAGAGCCCGGGUGGCCGACCACACGGCUGCAGAGCAAGAGGUGAGAAAGCUGGAGCAAGAAAAUGCAGCCCUCAGACAAAGUAAGAAUGAAUGUGAAUGUUCUUUACAACACCACCAGCUUGAACUAAAGAAGCUAAAGGAAGAAUGGAGCCAGAGAGAAAUUGUGAGUGUUGCAAUGGCUCAAGCCCUAGAGGAGGUGCGGAAGCAGAGAGAAGAGUUCCAGCGACAGGCUGCUAACCUCACAGCUGUGGUAGACGAGAAAGAGCAGACUUUGCAGGAAAGGGCUGAAGUGAUUCUCCAGAAAGAGCAGGAGAUCUUCCAACUGAAGAAAGGUCACGACUCUGUCCUGUUGCAAACACGCCAGCUACAGAGUGAGCUGGAAGCCCUGCGGAGCCUGAGGGGGACUACAAGGGACGAGGAGCUGAGGCUACCCAGCCCAGAGCAGGGCUUGACACGCUCGGUGCCCGAGCCUCUCGUAACCUCGAGGGCCACGCAGGACCCCACGUUCCAGCUUUCAGCCGCAGAGGGCGUCCCGAAUGGCGAGGUGGGGGUCAUGGACCUAGAGCAGCUACAGAAGGACAAACAGGACUUGGAGCAGCAACUUCUGGAGAAAAAUAAGACCAUAAAGCAGAUGCAGCAGAGGAUGCUCGAACUCAAAAAGACUCUCCAGAAGGAACUGAAAAUCAGACCCGACAAUGAGCUCUUUGAAGUCCGGGAGAAGCCUGGCCCUGAGAUGCCAAACAUGGCUCCUUCUGUCACAAAUAACACUGACCUGACUGAUGCCCGCGAGAUCAAUUUUGAAUACCUGAAACACGUGGUUCUGAAAUUCAUGUCCUGUCGAGAAUCUGAGGCUUUUCACCUUAUAAAAGCUGUGUCUGUGUUGCUGAACUUCUCGCAAGAGGAAGAGAACAUGCUCAAAGAAACCCUGGAGUAUAAGAUGUCUUGGUUUGGGUCCAAGCCAGCUCCCAAGGGCAGCAUCCGGCCAUCCAUCUCCAACCCUCGGAUCCCAUGGUCCUAGAUGGAAGUACCGACAGGCGGAGCUCCAUGCAAUGACACUUUUUCUGUGAAAAGAACACUGACACACCAGUCUGGGUGGGUUUUUAAUCACUGUAACUGCAGUAUUUUGUACAAGCGUCCAAACAUUGUUUACAAGACUUAAGGCCCCCUUCCCGACAGACUGAUCUGAACUUGAGGAGGUGGCUGAUCCUGUGUCAUUGUGCUCACCAAACGGAAGGGUCCCGGCACUACCCACAUUUCCACAGUGCUGCUAAAAUUCCAGCUCUGGCCAGCACCCCUCUGCACCUGAGUCCUCUGUGUUAGCCUUAGAGCUGAAGCCAUUAGCAUCUGUCAGAGAAGAGGCACCUGACCCAUCCUGUGGUGAUGAGGCCCUUUGAAGCGGUGCCCAGCAGACCCACCUGCUUGUGCCACAGAGAGCCAACUCACUGGGGUGGCUUUCCAAAAUUCCCCUUCCCUGUUAGCAUGUUUGGGUUCAGAUGAGAUAGAAGAGGCUUUUUAACCCUUCCUCUCCAGAAAACAUUAUUUCACCUUGUUUCUCAAACCACCCAGAACUUGGGAUGUGUACAUCUUUAAGGUACUCUGGGGCCAGUGUGGAUUAAUGAAUAUGCAACUUUCUGGCAGUAUCUCAUUUUACUGAAAAAAACUAGCAAAUAUAUAAAAAAAGAUCCUUAGUACCAAAUACACUCAAUUGCCUUUUUAAUGAAUGUACUUGUCAUGGAUAGGUUGCUGGUAAACCAUUUUAAACUAUUUUUUAUAGCUAAAGUUCUUCGCUAUUAUAAACAUGUCUCUGUAUUAUAAAAAUCCAUUUAACUGGUGUUCCUAAAGGCAAAUCAGAGCAUCGGGUGGAAAUUAUUUCUAAGAUUAGAAUUCCUUUCCCUUUUUUAAUUUCACUAGCAUUCUGUGGUCUCUGCUUCCCUCUGAAGCAGUGGUGGUGUUUCAUUUGCUUCCCUCUUAAUUCUGGUAGAAGACUGAGCAAAUGCUAAUCACAUGUCUGCUAUGGUUAAGGACAGUCUGGUCCACUCAGAGGAAGCAGCAGCUGUCCCUCCCCCAUCCUUGACCAAAACCUGGGAAGUGGUCUGCCUUGUAUGUGGAGCUACCACCUUCCCCCCUCGCCCUCCCCCUGCAUAUUUAAGAUGACACUGCAUUCAGAUACGGCCUCCAGACAGCCCCCAGCUGGUUACAGUGCUGGACAGCAUGCAGGUGGCUCUGGUAGGGACCGGUGACAACUUGCUUUGUUAUUUUGGAUAAUCCACAGUAUGGAAUCCAAAGAGAGAAUGUUAAUUGAUUCCAUUUGAUAUAAGUUGCACUGGUUAAAUAAAAAGCUGAGUUAAUAACUGGAGCUCCCAAAUUUAUUUUCAGUUAUUCAAUGAUGUAAAGUUGUUUCUCAGAAAUGCUUAGGGUUAAAAUAUAUAAACUUUAUCUCACAGGCAAACAAGGAUUUGCAGAGCUAAAGUACUACAUUUCCACAGACCUAGAAGUACCAGGGAAGGGCAGCAUCCCCGUCAUCCCAGCUAGGCUCUCUGCCACCUGAGCAACCCAUUGUCCAGUUACCUACCUCCUCCCGUGGCUCCUCCCCGCAGAUGGCUUUCCUCUGCUUAGAUGUUAUUUUGCAUUUAUCUCGUGGGGACACAAGACAGGAAUUCCUUCUGUUCUAUAAUUUUGGCAAGAGGUAGCUUUUCCAGCUGUUCCAGGAGAAUCCCCAAAUCGGGUGGUUCAGGGCUUGCCCACAACAACUGUGACCCUGUGGUGGGAGCCCCAUCCCACUCUGCUGUGGCCUCUCCAGCCCCGGAGCUGGUCUCCCUCUGCCCCACCCACAUCCCCCAGCAGCUGUAGGUGUAGCUGUGGGGCCAGCACUCAGCCUGGACUUGCUUCGGGAGGAUUCAUUCUGAUUAGGCUUUCCUCCUGCAUGUUGAAUUUCCUUCAGCUUUAAGAGGAAGAAUGGAGUAAAUAUUCCAAGUGAUUUAAUGCACUUUUACUUGUAUAAAAUGUUGUAAGAGACAGUAUGUAUAGCCCCUUUAUAUGAGCAUUGGAUUUGGAUCUCUCCGUGUUGUAACUAGGAGUUGUAUUAUCUAAAACUGCUGUAGAAAAUUCAUUUGUGGUGUCACUUUUUGAUUAAAGCUCUUUAAUCCAUAUGCAA